AUGCGAGCUCUGUCUGCAUCUACUGUGAUCUGUAGUUCCAUCGGUUUCCUCAAUCACGUCAUCCCCUACGAAUUCUUGCCACAGAGCCCUAUCUUUGGUCGGAUUGUGUGCCAUCUCUGGAGUAGCCGCUAUAUCUUCGACGUCUCCUACAUAUUUAGCGCUCUGAUCCUGAACUUCUUGGUGGGAAACAGGGCAAUUCAGAUUACCCACGGAUACCAGUACUCCUUCUCCCCUUCUCUUUUCUCCGAUCUCACUUAUUUACUGAUUUUAGGUCUCAGUAGUGUCCUCAGUAUUCUGUGCCAGGCAUUUGUGGUGGGAUGGAAUGGCAUGUAUUGCAUGUGCCUUGAAAAGGACAUUGCCUACUGGGCCCUCGUCGCUGCUUACAUGGGGACAUUUGUACGCUUCGGUCUGGCCGUAGUCAUCAGUCCCAUUAUCUUGGGCAUCUCCUGUUACAAGAUUGUCCAGUGGGUGCGAAACACACCAGCAGGGGAACUUUUGGACACCUGGAAUGGUCUGGUUCUUCCUGGGACUUCAGCGGAGCAGAUGGUGGAACUACUUCGACCGCGUGGUUGGAUGACAGCAUCCAUGUGCACUGUACCCCUAUCACUUAACUUUCUAGCAUUCAGCCUCUACAACACGACGUAUCAGUUUAGCUGUGCAAUAGGGUUGUGCACGUUGGUAAUCAAUAGUGUGUCGGAUAGGGUUGGCACUCUGCUUCUUUACCAUCAAUUGCUCCUCUUCCCAGUCAUCAUCGCUGUCUACAUUCCAGCGCUGAGGGCGCCAUGCAUGCGAGUCUGGAAGCGACUCAUCUCCAAGCUAGCUGAGGAUGUAUCAAAAAUGACUCAAACUGAGAUAAGCGAUCAACACAUGCCCGACGCAACGAGUGCUGAUAGAGAAUGCACUGUGCCAUGA